AUGUCAUCUCUUGAGCUACCAGAGAUUGAUUUGAGCGGGUUGGACGUUACAAGUUUCAAUGAAAAAAUAUGGGCGAAAGCUCGAUCAAAAAUUGCAGAAGCUCUAGAAAUCUAUGGUGGCUUCGAAGUUAUUUACAAUGAGGUUAACCUCGAUCUACGAAAUGAUUUGCUUGGAGUAGCCGUCCCAGAGUUAUUCACUAUGCCAGGUGCAAGCAACCUAAUUGAUUCCAAAGAGUUGCCCUAUCAUGGAGCCUUUUUCUCGAAGCCAGGCUUUCCUUUUUGGGCACUUCAAUUGACAAAUCCUAAUACUUUAGCUCCAAUUCAAGAAUAUGCCAAAGUUAUUUGGCCUCAAAGAAAUGACUUUUUCUGCAAUGCAGUGUUGAAUUAUGCCAACCACAUGCAAAAGCUAAUACAGACAAUCCAUAGGAUGAUCCUUGAAAGCUUGGGGUUAGAGGAUCAUUAUGAUUCACAUAUAAAAUCCUUGUCAUAUUCAAUAAGGUUAGCAAAUUACUAUAAAGGAAAUAAAAUUGCUUUGCCUCCCCACAAAGACCCAAACUAUAUAAGCAUUGUUUGCCAGCACAACAUUGAAGGACUUGAAGUUGAGAACAAGAGUACUGAUGAAUGGAUAGAAACAAAACCCUCAAAAAAUUCUUUUACUGUUUUAGUGGGUGAGGCAUUCAAGGCAUGGACUAAUGGAAGGCUUCAUGCAUCUAAUCAUCGAGUAAAGUUAAAGAAUGAGACUGAGAAAAGAUAUGCGGUGAUUUUCGGUACAGUGCCAAUUCUCACAAAUGAUAUGAUAAAUGUUCGAGAAGAAUUAGUUGACGAAGAACAUCCGUUACUUUUCAAACCUUUUAAGUAUUAUGAUUACAUCAAAUAUCGCUUCACAGAUGGAGAAAAUCUUGAGGAUGCAUUAAAAGCUUAUUGUGGUGUUUAA